AUGGCCACCCCAUCGCGCUCCCUGCAGGCAUCUGCCCUAACCUUCGCCCUCCUCUCCAUCGGACACACGCUCGGCGGCAAAGAAUGGCAAUCCGACCCACGUUUCAAGUCCCUCGCGCGUACCAGGUCAUGGUCCUGCGCCAAAGUCGGCUGGUACCAGGGGAGCGCUUUUUUCUUGAUCACCGGUAUUCUUCACUACCAAUGGUCCCAUAACCCCCAGGCCCUCCAGGACCCGCUGAACAGGGCCAUGGCUGGUCUUGUUAAUGCGCUGCUGUGGGCGAGCUCUGGCUGGUACUUCAAGAAUGGGGUUAAGGAUAAUGGUUGGGCUGUUGGGUUGUCUGCUCUGUGGCAUGCUUAUAGUGUUGUGAGCAACGCUUUUUAG